AAUGUAAAAAAAAUAUGCUCAAGCCAAUGAAUUUGAAAAUUCAUAAAUAUUAUAUAGUGGGGAAUAUGUCUUAAAAAAAACAAAGGCAUAUGAACGUAAUGCUAAUGAAAUAUUCAAUGUUAAUACUUAUAGGAUAAUAUAUAAAAAGAAAAAUGAACCUGCAAUAAAGUCUUUUUUGCCAAACCCUUCUUGUAUUCGUGCUUAGAUUUCUAGUGCAUUGAAUAAAGCUCAACAGUUUUUUCCUCAAUUAUAAUGCGAUAUUGAAUUAGAUGAUAACAAUACUUGUAAUAUUAUUUUUUAAUAUAUUUAAGGUUUUACAAUUGGAAGAUUAGAGAAGGAAGUUGUAAAUUUAGAUAAUGAUAUUUAAGCUAUUGUAAUUUUCAAUAAAGUAGAAUGUUUAAAUGAAGAAAUGAUGAAUUCUAUACACCUUCUUGUUGAUUUUUCAAAUCUGAUUAGAGUGAUGAAUUUGGAGGAACAUUGUAGGCAAUUUAUUCAUUAAUUUGAAUCAUCUAAACGUUCUUAGAUGAUUUCAUCUAAAACAAUGGAAUUAAUUGCUUAGUCCAUUUAUUAAAAUAAAUAAAAGAUUAAGAUUUAAGAUAUAUCAUAAAUGAGGGGUUAUCCUACUUGUAUUUAGAUAACAAAAAAUUGUGAGAAUCAAAUACUUGAAGAUGGAAAUAUAUUUAGAGUUGGUUAUUAGCCACAAUUAACAGUUAGAAAAAUUUACAAUAAAUUUGAAAAUUUCUUUUAGAGAUAUUCAACAAGAUCUGAUGUAGAUGAUAUGAUUUUUGAAGCUUUACAAGCUUUAUAAUCUAGGGUUCAAUUUUCAGGUGUUGAUGAUUCUGUAUCAGAAUUAUUUAUGCAUGUAUAAGAAAGAAGUAUAAAUAAAUCUGAAUAUAUGUAAAGAUUAGAAGAUGAAAAUCUUAUGAUUUAAACUGUAAAUUAUAAAUAGUAAAUUAGAAAUUAUAUGCAGCUUUAGAUAAAAAUUGUAUUCUAUUGUAAACAUAAAAAGAUGAAAAUCCAAUUGAACAUUUUUUAUUAGUAGCAGAUCAAAAGAAUACAUUCCAUUUUGGAAGAAUGGAAUUUUCAGAUAUAGCAUUUCAAUCAACUUAAGUAUCUAGAAACCAUGGAACAAUAUAGUUUAUGCCAUCUAAUAAUAAAUGGAUUAUUAUGGAUGGAUAGAAAAAUUUUGAUUAAUGGAAAACUAGUACUUUUGGUGUAUGGUUGUAGAUGAAUCCUAAAACCUUUUAUUUUCUUGAUCCAGAAUAAAUUGUAAAAGUUGGAUCAACUAAUAUUAAAUUGAUACCAAAUAAUUGUUAAAUUAAUAAUUAGGAUACUGAUGAUUCAAUCCAACUGAAUAAUUUUAUAAAUUAAAGAGAAGAAGAAAUUGAAGAAUUAACAAAAACAUUACUUGAUUAAUGA